CGAUGCUAACCGAGCGGCUAACGGCGGCGGCCGAGGAGAUCGUCUCCGUGUUUGAGGAAACCGUGGCGGUGUAUGAAGACAGAAUGGAGCGGCUAGAUUGGUCAGAGCGGGAGAUCUACCGCCAGAGGAGGCUGCUGGAUGCUGUGAUGAAGCCCGAACUCCAGCUGCACAGAGUCGUGUGUCCUGCCGACGUACAGCAGCUGAUGGUGAAUAAAGAAGAGGUUCUCCCUGAGCAGCAGCAGUGGAGCCCCCUUGUGGACCAGGAGGACCCAGAGCCCCCCCACAUUAAAGAGGAACAGGAGGAGCCGUGGACCAAUCAGGACGGGGAGCAGCUUCAACUUGAGCAGGCUGAUAUCAAGUUCACAGUGACUGCUGUCACUGUGAAGAGUGAAGAAGAUGAAGAGAAACCUCAGUUGUCACAGCUUCAUCAGAGUCAGACUGAGGAGAACAGAGCAGAUUGUGGAGGACAACAACCAGCCAGGACCUCAGGUCCUGAUGGACAUUUACAACAAUGUACUGAGGACAAGACUGUAGACAGUGAAGAUGAUUGGAUGCAGACCAAGGAACCUCAGUCUGGUUUAAAUACAAAAAAUAACAAACAGCCUCUAAGUGAUAUGAAAUGUAAAACUGCUAAGAAAGCAUUUAGCUGCUCUGAGUGUGGUAAAACAUUUAGACAAAAGGGGGAUCUAACUGUACAUAUGAGGAUUCAUACAAGAGAGAAACCAUUUAGUUGCUCUGAGUGUGGUCAAACAUUUAGACAAAAGGGGGAUCUAACUGUACAUAUGAGGAUUCAUACAAGAGAGAAACCAUUUAGUUGGUCUGAAUGUGGUCAAACAUUUAGAAGAAAGGACCAUCUCACUGUACAUAUGAGGAUUCAUACAGGAGAAAAACCAUUUAGUUGCUUUGUGUGUGGUAAAAGAUUUAGCCACAAUGGUUCUCUAACUUUACAUAUGAGGAUUCAUACAGGAGAGAAACCAUUUUGUUGCUCUGAGUGUGAUAAAAGAUUUAAUACAAAGGGCAAUCUAACUUUACAUAUGAGGAUUCAUACAGGAGAGAAACCAUUUAGUUGCUCUGAGUGUGAUAAAAGAUUUAGCACAAAGGACAGUCUAACUUUACAUAUGAGGAUUCAUACAGGAGAGAAAGCAUUUAGUUGCUCUUUGUGUGGUAAAACAUUUAGACAAAAGAGCCAUCUAACUGGACAUAUGAAGAUUCAUACAGGAGAGAAACCAUUUACUUGCUCCUAGUGUGGUAAAAUAUUUAGACUAAUGGGUAAUCUAACUGCACAUGACUAGUCAAACACGAGAGAAUGAAUUUACUUGCUCUUAAAGAUUUAAGUUGCAUCGUUUGUAACAAAAGAUUUAUUCGGAUUAGUCAGCAACUACUCAUAUUAUACAUAUUAAUAGUUCACUAUUAUACAUAUUAAUAGAGAAUUUUGAAUCCCCCUUAACCGGUCUUUAAAUGUUUACCUUGCACAGUAUGUAUAUGUAUGUUCUUAACCAGUUCAAAUGAUUAAAUAUGUGACCGAAGAGACGGUUACAAUGUGGAGGGACAUGUGACCAUGGCUGUAAAUAGUAAAUGGUUUUGUAUUUAUAUAGAGCUUUUCUAAUCUUGAUGACCACUCAAAGCUCUUUACAGUACAGUUUUACAUUCACCCAUUCAUACAGUGCAUCUAUUAGCAGCACUUUGUCGUUAUAUGAGGGAUAAUUCAGGGUUAUGCAUCUUGCCCAAGGACACUUCAGGACGACCGCUAUACCCAUUAGCCACAGCCGCCCGUUUGUGAGACAAUUUUUCACAGGAAGUUUGAGAGAGAAGUGACCUGAAGGAUUUCAGUGGCCGCCAUUAUAAGAGCUGUCCGAAAUCUGAAUGAUAAGGAAAGGAGCUUCAAUGCUUUCUAACUUAUCACCUUAUAGUGGGGCAGAUAAUAGAACAUUUGUGCAAAAUGUGAUACAAGCACCAAAUUUGGCAUGGUGGUUCCCAAGGGUCUACUUAAAAAAUCUGCCUGACGUGCCAUUCAAAAAUCCAAGAUGGACGCUAUUUUUAAAGAUGGACCCCGAAAAUGGUUUUGCUCAAAGAUAUGCAUGUACUUGUUGGAUUUGAAUGAUCUUGGUGUCGAUUUCUAUGUUUUCUUGCUUGCUGAAUCAAUUUUUUUUACUUUAUAUAAAAU